GAUUAAACGAAGUGUCCAUAAAGAGUCUGUAUUCAAAAACGUCACGAAUGCAAAACUGAUUUGACUUUAAAUUCGCAUUUUAAAAUAAAAUAAUGGUGUUUAUGACGGAUGUUUGCUUCCCCAGUACAGCGAUUAUACAAGAUUAUGCAACCGUCUCUCGUUCUUGUAAUGUAAACAAAAUAUUACGUUAUUUUAAUGGGACCGUUCUAAAUGCAUGUUCGUGUACAAGUGUUUGUUACGGAAGAUAAAGAUGGACUUCACUUCAGGUUAAAGUUUAUAUUAUUUUUUUUGACGUUUUGGAAUACCGUUUAAGCGUGCAUAUCAAUGUCAUUGACUCCAACAUAUAUCAACAAAAAGCACUGUUAGAGAAAUUCAAUAAACCAGUUGUGUACGAUUAAUUUUAAGGAUAUAAAAUCAAAAUUAUUGGAAUAAAUAAAUGAAAUAUAAAACGAUACUUGGUAAACUCAAGCCUUGAUUGACUAGAAUCUGCUAUUAAAUUUGUUCACUGGAAAACUACCAAACUGUAUUACUUGGAUCAAGAAACAAAUAUAAGGAAAUAAAGGAACUUUUCAAUCCACAUCAACUCUACCCCAAGACACAGUUAUGUGGUCGUGGCAGCGCCUGGCAGCGGUCGUGUGCACGUUCGGCUUCUUCAAAGACUUGCGCCCCUCGGAGGCGUACCUGUCCGCAUACUUGACCGGACCUUGGAAGAAUCUCACGGAGGCCCAAGUGGACAAUGAGAUCUACCCUUGGUGGACCUAUUCCUACCUUCUUUGGUUGAUCCCGGUUCUUCUCCUGACGGACUACUUUCGCUACAAACCGACGCUGGUAAUUGUAGGAGUGGCCUACAUAAUAACGUGGGUACUACUUCUUUGGGCGCAAGGCGUUCCCGCUAUGAGACUCAUGCAGGUCACGUACGGUCUCGCCACUGCCGGGGAAAUCAGUUAUAUGUCCUAUCUUUUCUCCGUGACUCCUGUGGAAUAUUUCCAGAAAAUAUCUGCCUUUACUAAGGCGGCAUCGUUGAUGGGAAAGUUUGUUGCUUACCUUUGUGGGCAGCUUCUGACCAUGUUUAAUGUCCUCGACUACUUUCAGCUGAACAUUUUUUCAUUCGUGAGCGUAAUAAUUGCUUUUUUGAUCAGCGUCAUCCUUCCAAGGGCACUGUACUCGGAACUAUUUAAUCCGCGUAGAUUUACCGACGAUUACAAUGAAAAUGGUCCGGAUGAUGGCAGUUCAGGUACUCGCGAGCAACACAAAGAAACGCAUGAUUUGGUAGAAGACCCAUGUGGAGGGAGAGGCUUCCUAAAUCAAACAAAAUCCCUCAUUAUAUUCCUUGCCAAGGAACUGAAAACGAUUUACACGAACAAAACGAUUCUCAUUUGGUCUAUUUGGUGGGCAUUUGCCUCGUGUGGGAAUUUCCAGGUAGGGAAUUACAUUCAGAACCUGUGGUUGAUCCUUACGCCAAAGACAUUCAACCACACCAAGAGACAUUUGUACAACGGUGCCGUGGAGGCGGCAGGAACUUUGCUUAGUUCCGGCAUGGUUCUACUAAUCGGUUUCCUGCCCGUUGAUUGGUCAGUGCCGGUCAGGAGCGAGCUACUGAUGCUUGUUGUUUGCGCACUGAACGCCGUGAUUCUCGUUAUCAUGGCAACCACUAGCAGCCUAUGGGUGUGCUACGUUCUUUACGACGUGUUUAGAACAACAUACCAGAUUGUGCUGACCUUAGCAUCAGCCCAGAUAGCUCGCAAUCUUCAAAGACAGCGGUGUGGCUUUGUGUUCGGCUGCAACACGUUCCUGGCGCUUCUCAUCGAAACCAUUCUCACCGCAAUUGUUGUAGACCAGGCAGGCUUGGACGUCGACGUGCAAACACAGUUCAAGGUCUACGGCGGCUAUUUCGGCGUGAUGGCAGUACUAUUCACAGUGUACGUCUGUGCUAAUGUCUGGAAACUUCGGCAACGCACAUGUAACGUCCAAGAAAUGGAAAUACGUGAGCAGGAUGACAGUUGAAAUUUUCUUAAGCAACUCGCUGGAUCUUCAUCUGAAUUGUACCAAUAUAAUACUUGUGUUUUAAAGUAACAUGAUUACACGACUUGCACAAAUACAUAAUCUAUUUCUGUUUUAUAGGAUUAACCAUGAAAAAAAGUAUUAUUAAAGUGAUAUUAUGGGCAUCUAACAGUUUAUAGGUGUCAAUCGCAACCGUUGUUUAUUUUUGGUGUUUUCACUUCAUAUACACUUAUAUUUGUUAAUGCAGCAUCAACAAACUAAACAAUAUCCCGGAAAGAGAAAAAUAAUGCAUUUGAAUAUCAACCGUACUUUCGUUUGACAACUGAUCAUGCAUGUACGAUGUGAUACUAAAUGUAGUUUUAGUGCAGAUUCGUUCAUACGACACAAAGACACAAUUUUGUUUGACUGUUCAUUUCGUCUUACAUGACUCACCAGUCAUGUAAAAUAUCGAAUAUAAAAUAUAUUUUUUAUAAACAACUGGUAGCAAGAUGAGUUGCAGGAUAAUUGGUCAGUAACCACAUUUUAACUAAAUAUUUUAACCUGUUAAUUCUUUUCAGCUCAAUUCAACAGUGAAAAAUGCCCAUAAUAUCACUUUAAUUUGAAUAGUGUUUUCUAUACGACUGGCAUAGUGUACAUUUAAUUUAUGAUGUGAUAUCCAAAUGAAGGAGUGGGAUGUUGUCAUGGUCGGUAACUCAAUGUGAAAUCAUUACGCAAACUGCAUUUGUUUGUCGGAUGUCAUUUUAGCCAGUGAACUCGCCACAUCUUCAUUAUAUUGGUUGAUGUACGCUCAUGACAAAAUCAUUUGUUCACACAAUUUAAACAGAUUUCUCAACAGCAAGACUCUUGGUGUCGUUUUGUUUCUUAACCAAUUAUUUUCCCUUGUUUCUGACACUUCUGUGAAACAUUAACAGACUUGCAUCGUGCGUGAUCACAAGACCCUUAAGUUAGAGCUUGCUCGGUUUAUAUACUACAACUCUCUAUAUUUUUCAGUAAAUGUGAAAAGUCUAUUCGUAUUUACUGGCAUCCGUAGAAGUAGAACAUAAGCCAGCGCAGAAAAACUUAAAAGUUUCCUUAAUAGUAACAACAGAUGAAUUUUGAUUUUUCUAAAAGUUUGAAGAUUCUUAAUGUUGCAUGAGUUUAAACAUUUUUUUAUUUUAAUGUUACAAAUAAACAGUCUUCGACGUUAUGCGGUUCAUCGUGGACAGAGUAACCAUUUCUGCCCUGUUCUCCUUAAUUUGCAAUUUAAUUUGAUCAUCACCGUAGUAAUAAUUUGACAUUAUUAUAAUCAUCGAAAUCAUCAUCAUUAUUAUUAUCAUCAUCAUCGUCAUAUCACAUCUUCAUCGCCAUCAUCAUCACUUUCAUUAACGUCAGCAUAAUACGCAGACUUUUUCCUUAUCAACAGAUUUAUAUUGUCAUUACCGGUCAAUUCUAAGAUAUAGAAAUUUCGUGAAUAUUCAUGUCUGGUAACGAAUUAUGGCUCUAAAACAUUUGAUUAAUCUCUCAUGAAGAUGAUGAUGUAAAUAGCAUGUAUUGUAUGCUGAUAUUGUGAUAAGAUGAUACAAAUAGGAUAAUGGAUGAGAUAAUUGUGAAGAUAAUAUCAUGUUAACGAAGACUUUUGAAACCAUGGCGGUGAUUGUAGAAUUGUGUUGUUGUAGCUGAUGAUGACGAUAAUGCUCAGUAUGGUGGGAUGUAUUGCCUUUGUUGUUGUUAAUGAUGAUGAUGUAAUGUUCUGCAGCUGACGAUGAAGAUGGUAAUGAAUAUUUGGAUAACAAUUAAAACCAGUAGAUGUUGAGAAA